UGUAUUAACGGUUUAAAAUCUCAUACCUCUUCUGCUGAUUCUCCAAUUACCAAAAGUUAUGUGUCACCAGAUGAUUAUGCAACUGUACGAUCGCACAAAAUAGAACGAUCAUCGUCAAACCCAGCUGUAUUAAAUGAGUUGUCACAAACGCAGCAAAAAAAUGGGUUUCAAUCAUCAAAAAUGACAUCAUCGCUUAAUAAUAACCUUUCUGAACUUGAUACGUUGCUUCAAGAUUUAAGUAACUCACGAUAUGCUGAUAAAAAAAUUGUAAAUGGAGAUUCGUAUUCAAUUCCAUUCAGAAACUCAAAUUCUAUUCAGAAUCGUCCUUCAGUAGAUUCUCUUCUAGAUGAAUUGGAUACAUCACUUACUUCACAAAGUAACAAUGGUCAUAUAGUCAAAAAAAUGAUGAUGGAAGAAACAACAACAACAACACGUACUGUUUGUCCAACUGCUUCUUCUGCUACUCGUGAAUUAGAUGAUUUAAUGGCUUCAUUGUCAGAUUUCAAGGUGUCUAAUUCAAUUAAAGCGAGUCAAGCAAUAGAGUCUGUUGACUCAGCAGCACCUUUGGAUUGUAUGCUUGGAAGCUUGACGGCUGAAAUGAAUCGUCAAGGUGUAAAUACUACUCAAAAAGGCUGUUGUACGGCAUGCGACAAAGCUAUUGUUGGACAAGUGAUAACAGCAUUGGGAAAGACAUGGCAUCCGGAGCACUUCAUUUGCACGCAUUGUUCUCAAGAACUGGGUACCCGUAACUUCUUCGAGCGUGAUGGUAGGCCGUACUGUGAACCAGAUUACCAUAACUUGUUCUCGCCUAGAUGUGCCUAUUGUAACGGACCCAUAUUAGAUAAAUGUGUAACUGCUCUGGAAAAGACAUGGCAUACUGAACAUUUUUUCUGCGCCCAAUGUGGCAAACAAUUUGGCGAGGAAGGUUUUCACGAACGUGAAGGUCGACCAUACUGCCGAGAUGAUUAUUUUGACAUGUUCGCUCCCAAAUGUGGAGGAUGUAAUCGACCUAUUAUGGAGAAUUAUGUUUCAGCAUUAUCCACUCAAUGGCAUUCCAACUGCUUUGUGUGCAGGGACUGCAAGAAGCCAGUUACAGGCAAAUCAUUUUACGCCAUUGAAGGAAAACCAGUAUGUGCACAAUGUGUUGGAGUUGACGAGGAGGAUUAAACAUCAAUUUUUAUUUUUUCAGAUUAUUCUUUGUUGAAUUUUUUUCUUAAUUUUAUUACACAUACUUGUUAUUAUAAUAUCUUAUAAAUGUUAAUUAUAGCUCGUUAUAAUUGCAUGUUAAAAAUUUAUCAUAAAAUAUAUUAUUAUUAAAUGUACAAAAUCUUAUAUUGAUUCAUAUGAUAUCUACUGAGGGAUAUUAUUUUGCUAUAACUAGAAUAACAUUGCAGUUUCCAUACCUAUCCAACUUAAUCCAUAUAUACUCUUAAGUCAUUAAAUUAUUUGACAAAAAUAUGUGACACAGUAAAAGAUUUUAAUUGAAGAAUUAUAACCUGUGUCUAUUAAUGAUGAAA